GGCGCGGGUCACGUGACGUCGGGCCCGGAAGCGCUCGCACACGAGACCCCCGGGUGACGAGGUCGGGCGUCGCUCCGUGGAGCGAGCGCGGAGGUCGCGGGGGUCCCUGCGGUUUCGCGUUCCCCGCAUCCGCCGCCAUGGCCUGGACGAAGUACCAGCUGUUCCUGGCCGGGCUCAUGCUCGUCACCGGCUCCAUCAACACGCUCUCGGCAAAGUGGGCGGACAACUUCGUGGCCCAGGGCUGUGGAGGGAGCAAGGAACACAGCUUCCAGCAUCCCUUCCUCCAGGCGGUGGGCAUGUUCCUGGGAGAGUUCUCCUGCCUGGCUGUCUUCUACCUGCUCCGGUGCAGAGCUGCGGGGCAGCCAGACGCCAGCGUGGGUCCCCAGCAGCCCUUCAACCCCCUUCUUUUCCUGCCCCCAGCCCUCUGCGACAUGACCGGGACCAGCAUCAUGUAUGUGGCCCUGAACAUGACCAGUGCCUCCAGCUUCCAGAUGCUGAGGGGAGCAGUGAUCAUAUUCACAGGCCUGUUCUCAGUGGCCUUCCUGGGGCGGAGGCUGGCGCUGAGCCAGUGGCUGGGCAUCCUUGCGACUAUCGCGGGGCUGGUCGUCGUUGGCCUGGCCGACCUCCUGAGCAAGAAUGACGAUCAGCACAAGCUCAGUGAAGUGAUCACAGGGGACCUGUUGAUCGUCAUGGCCCAGAUCAUCGUCUCCAUCCAGAUGGUGCUGGAGGAGAAGUUCGUCUACAAGCAUAACGUGCACCCGCUGCGGGCAGUUGGCAUUGAGGGCCUCUUUGGCUUCGUGAUCCUCUCCCUGCUGCUGGUGCCCAUGUACUACAUCCCUGCCGGCUCCUUCAGUGGAAACCCUCACGGGACGCUGGAGGAUGCGCUGGACGCCUUCUGCCAGGUGGGCCGACAACCACUCAUUGCCCUGGCGCUGCUGGGCAACAUCAGCAGCAUUGCCUUCUUCAACUUUGCGGGCAUCAGUGUCACUAAGGAACUGAGCGCCACCACUCGCAUGGUGCUGGACAGCCUGCGCACUGUUGUCAUCUGGGCGGUGAGCCUGGCACUGGGCUGGGAGGCCUUCCACCCACUGCAGAUCCUCGGCUUCCUCAUCCUCCUGAUGGGCACCGCCCUCUACAACGGGCUGCACCGCCCGCUGCUCACCCGCCUGUCCAGGGGCCGGCCCCCGGCAGAGGAGGGUGAGCAUGAGAGACUGCUGGGUGGCUCUCGGACUGCCAUCAACGAUACCAGCUGAGCCUUCUGCAGGGCCUCUGCUGCCACCUGGACACUCCUUGUUCGUCCUGAGGCUGAGGUCACACAGGCUGGUGAGCCUCGAGUGCCCUGUGCCCAAGGCCUCACCCUGCCCCUCCCCACAGACCCCCAGGAAAGCUGCUGCCACAGAACAUGACAUGAUACCCUGGUCCUCCUUUGUCACAACCCCCUGCAGAGAGGUGUUACCCAGCCCCCCACAGGCCUGAGGACAGUGACCGACCCCUGCCUGGCUCCACGAGGAAGUCACUUAACCUUCUUGAGGCCACGAUUGCCUCAUCCGCACCCACCUG